GACUACCAGAGGCAGGAUGGACACAUGCAGCGUUUCAUUCGUGAGGUCAAUACUACCAGUCGCUCUUGUGUUCUUUGGGACCUGGAGGAGGAAACUGAUUACAUCAUCCAGGUCCAGUCCAUUGGGCUAUAUGGGGAAAGCCAAGCCAGCAAGAAAGUUCAUUUUCGUACUCUCAAAAAAACGGACCGGUUCUCUUCCAACAGCUCCAACCAAGAUGACCCCACUGUGCAGGGCCUGGACAAGUCUCGGCAUCUUCAGACAGGAGAGAUGAUCAUAAUUGUCGUGGUCUUGGUCAUGUGGGCAGCUGUUAUAGCCCUGUUCUGCCGACAGUAUGACAUCAUAAAGGACAACGACUCCAGUAACAAUAAGGAGAAGGUGAAGCCGUUGUCUGAGAGGAGCACACCAGAGCACCACAGUGGGGGACUGCUUAGGAGCAAGUUCCAUCCCUCUGUGCCAUCUAUAAACAUCAUUGAAGUCUGAGAAGAAGAGGGUCAAACUUGAACUACUAUGUCUUCAACUGCUUUUUUAUCUCCCUAUUGAGGAAAAAAAAAAAACGUGGAGAAAACAGAGAAGAUGUGGGCUACUUAUAAGCCAUUGAGUGAUGAAAGGGCAUUAAGAGACUGACUUUUUUUUCCCAGGACAACAAUUACACAUAAAUAGGUGUUAUGAUGUAGACAGACCUUAAAAUUGCUGAAAUACUGUUCCCCUGUAGAUUGACAGGACUUGAUUGAAUGUUAAUCCAUGGUGCAGAAACAUUGAUAGCUGUUCCAGGUGCUUGCUUUAAAAACGCAAUACAAAAUCCAGUAACCAAUCAUCUCUGGGAUACGUAUCUUUGUGGCGCUAAACACGCAGUGUAUUUUUGAUAUUGGCAUGUGCAGUUACAUACUCUGUUCACCUCUAGACAAUUGUGAGUAGUUUUCAUACUGUAUGCUGCCUGAACAUAAUGCUGUGUGGUUAGUGUGAGUAGGAUAUGAAUAGGAGAGAAUGUUUGUGUUAAAAAAAAUUAUCUCUAAAUAUAAAAUCACUACAUCAUUUAUUUUAGUCCAAACUUAACUGCCACUGGGUAACACUGUGUCUUUUCAUACUUCAGAUAUAACAAAACAUUUUUAGUUUGCUAAAAGAAAGUUGCAUGCAGGGUGUGUAGAAAACCAACUAAUGUGCAGACUGAAACUUAAAAAGAAAAAAUGCAUUUUCAUAAGCCAAGAAGCUUUGUUGAAUAUUUAGUUAGUCUGCUUUUAGAGAUGGCUGCAACAUUUUAACAUGUGGUUCAUGUUUAAUGUCAUUUCCUGAAAACAGUUUUUCCUGACAUGUAUAAGAAACCUAGUUUUGAAAUGGCUAAUUAUAAAAAUUAAGGCAAUGUAAUAAAGUUUAUCUCAAUUAAA